AUGAAGUUCUUCAGCACCCUCUUCUUCCUUUCUUUCUCCGCCUUGGCCUUCAGCGCUGCAGUCUUCAUGCCGAUCGAGGAGGAGUAUGAAGUGGCCAAGCGCGAGGUCAGCAACGCCAAAUACGUGCCUACCACUCUUCCCGACGGCAAGAAAUCCAUCGCGGUCUAUGACGGCGAUGUCCUUGAGGGGUCGCUCGUGGAGGGCCCCGACGGUGGAGUUACUGCCUAUGAUGCCUUUGGCAAGGAAAUCGACCUGGACAACCCCGAGGAGGAUGAUGAGAAUGGCGAUAAGCGGAAGCGUCAAUCCAGACUCAGCAUCCUGAGGAAGUUCUAUAGCUUCAUCAAGAAGUACGGUCGCCGUGCCUGGAACUUUCUCUACUGCAUUAGCUUCGAGGUUGCCGUUAAGUGCGCAGACGAUAUCCUCCAAUGUGCUAUGCAAGGUACCCCUCCAUGGGCCUGCCUUGAAGGCAUCGUCUGCGGUGGUGUUGCCUUCAGGAGGUGCGUCUAA